AUGCAAUUCUCCUCUCUACACCUUAUAUAUGAUCCUUUAAAAAUAGUUCUUUUCAGCGAAAACGAUUUUAUUAUAUGACUUCCAGAAUCUGAUGAAAUAAAGUUCAUCAAGAUUUCAUAUCAAAAUGAUUAUCGCUUGAGUUCAUAUGAAGGAAACAAUUUAGCUGUUUUAUAUAAAAAUAACAAAAUUGUUUUUUACUCAGAUGACGGAACUGUAAGAAAUGAAAUAAGUUUGAAUAAAAUUAAAAAUCAUGAAGUUAGCAAAAUGCAACUCUUGAAAUGUGGAAAAUAUCAAUUAUUAAGAUAUCCACCUGUAAGAUUAAGGAAUAGCAAUGCAUAA